UUGGAUGCAUGGAUUACUUGUAUAAAAGUGUUGAGGCUCUAGAUGAACAGUUUCUCGAAACAAAAGCAUGCAAGACUAUGCUGCUCAAUCCCAGAAGUGCCUAUGAAGUUCACUGUAGGAACUUGGCUCUGAAGAUUGAUGGUACAGAGCCUGCUAAGCACUACACAUGCUCAAAGAUGUUUUGCUCAACCAAAGCUCAGAAAAUGGAAGGUUUCCGUUUGGCAAGUAUGGUCAAGAAUUCAGUAUGCAGUUGCGGACGAGCAAUGGAUAAGGAAGUAUUUCUAGAAUACCAAGAGAAUGUCACAGAUGGAGAUGGGGUAUUCAUGAAGGGAACAAGAAGGUUUACAAUAACGGACAAUUUGCACAUCACACCCAUUUCUAUGUCACAUAGCCUUGCCAUGUUUCAGAAGCUCAGAUUGGAAAGUGGAAAUGGCAUUGAAGCACUGACUGUGACUGUUGAUGAGGAAGAGGUUUUGUAUCUACUCAAGCGUUCACUAGUAUCCAAGACCCCAAUGACAGAGUCAUUCUUGUCCAAUGAAGAGAACACAGAAAAUGCAGCAUCAUCCAGCAGAUCUAACCACCAUGAAACAAGAUCACAAAGACCAUCUCAUAAGUUUAGGAAGAUGAAGGUAAAGCUCCUUAUAGACAAGUCCAGCAGGAGGGUAUUAUGCCUAGAAGCUAAAGAAGACUUUGUGAACCUGGUUCUGAGCUUCCUCACGUUCCCUCUAGGUUCUAUAAUUAAACUGUUAAGGGGACAUUCUUCAUUGGGUUGCAUGGACAACUUGUAUAGAAGUGUGGGAAGCUCAAAAUUGGAGGAUUGUUUCAAGUCUACCAAAUGCAAGGAGAUGCUUCUUAGUCCCAAGCUUCCAAUGGAUUUCAGUUUGAAUCAAUCACUACCAAUCAGAGAGGAGGAUCCAGCAACCUACAGAAGUUAUAAGUGUUCUGAUUGCUUCAGGAAAAAUAUGGUUUGUUUGUAUCCUUGGCAUGAAAAACUCUGCUUUAUGAAUCCUAAACUUCCUGGUCAGGCAGUAAGUGGAGGAGGAUUCAUAAAGAAGGAAACCUUACUACUGAUCAACGAUGACCUAACAAUUCAACCACUAUCACCUAUCAAUGGCAUCCUUGAUCUUGACAAGCUUAGAGUCCUUGUGAGCAACUCAGAGGAGCAUGAGGUUGAAGUAGGAGAAGAUGAGGCUUUAAUUCUCCUCAAGGCUGCUUUAAUCUCCAAAAGUGUUCUGAAUCAUGUCUUCAAACCAAAUGACCUGGAAUAAAUGGUAGGUUAAUGCUACUCAAGUGUACCCCAGCAUGGAAAAGGCCAGCAUUAUUUGGGAUUGGCUGGGUGUCCUCAGCUCUGUCUGGUUGACAACCUAGAGAAUAAAGAUUGGGAGCUCAUUUUUUGAACUUCAUAGAUAAUUCCGGAGGUUGACCCUUGAUCCUUGUUAAGGCUCUUGUUGGUUUUUAGCUGGGUUCUACUUGUUGGUUUUUCUCAUUUUUUCUGCUUUUCCCUCAAGGCUUUUCUGUACAUUUUUGGUGUUCUCAAAUUGUGCCCUGACUUGAUUAGACAAGUUCAAACUCAUUAUUUCUUACUAAA